GCACUAUUUUAUCCAACGGUGCACCAUUUUUACGAGGUUGCCAAAAUCACGUAUUGCUUAUUUGUGUCUUCAGUGGUUUUUGUUGUGUUGGCAAUUUAUAUUUCCAGCAAAAGACCGGUUAUAUACAUUGCUUUCUUCGCCGUAGCAGCUGUUUUUAUAUUUGCUCUGUACCUUUUCAUCCAAGUAUUUCACCUAAUCACAUUUCUCCUGGCCCUUCAAAGAUUCCUGGACUACUUUUUUCCAAGUUCUGAAAAAUUCGUAACGGUAUUCCAAGGCUUUAUGAGGAAUCGUAUCUGGAACUUGUAUAUUGUGCUGUUGUUAAUGUAGCUUGCACUGUUAGCAGCAUAUGUCUUUAAGAAUCGCAAGAAAGAAGAGCUCACAAAAUUUGGGAUCUAUUCGAUUUUGAAGUUUUUUUUCUAUGUUCUGUUGUUUUUGUCUACAGGAUUCUAUAUUCCAAUAAUGAUAAGCUCUAGGAGGCUUUUGCAAGGCGCGCCUGUUCAGCAUUGUAUGGUUCAAACAAUCUACUGGCAGACAUUUACAGUUUUCAUAUGCAAAUUGCUUUCCAUCAUGGUGUGCAUAUUCAUUUUAUUAAGGGGCCGUUCUAUCUCCGACAUUACAUUUGGAGUAGUCUUAACGGAUAUUGUCACAACACCUCUGAUAGUUCAAAUUUCACAUUUAGGAAGUAACAGAUGGAAUUCCAAGAGUACAACUAAAUUCAAGUGGAGCAGGUUUUUCAGAGUGUUAUUUGGUUUGAAGAAGACUUCCAGUGUUAAUCCUGAAUAA